AUGAUUCUCCACGAGCAGGCUCGAAACAGGGGGGAGAUCAGACCCCCCUCCACCGAUCCCCUGACCCGCGAUAUGAUAUCUCCGCCUCUCUCUCAGGAGUCAGCGUUCGAUUCGAACCUCAUCGCCCCGCAGGUCUACUCCGGAUUGGAAUACGUCUCGCACAAACUGCAGUCCCACACGCUGCACCUGACGCUCAUCCUCUCGCGUGCCAAACCGUUGCCCAUCGGCCAGGGGUGCAACCUCACUGUCUUCCCCGUCGGUACCCUCUCGGACGAUGCACGCCACCUGUUCGGCAAGUACAUUCGCCGUGCUGCAAGGAAAUACCACCUUCAGUCGAAAUGGAUGGCUCUCUCGUCAUCGAGCACGGGCAUGGACGCGGUGUUCAACCCCGAAUAUCUGAUCGAUCGAUCUCUCAAGCAGAACGAUGUUUUGAUCAGUCUCGAGGGCCUCACCGUCUUGAAUAUCGAUCGCACGUACACGCUCAAGCAAUACCUUAACGCUCUAUCCACGCCUUGGGUGACACCAAAUACCAUGAUCGACCAUAUCCCAAGUCGCAUCUAUACAGAUGCCUGCCUCUGUCUACUUCGACAGUCUGUUCAGAGUACCGGUGGUCGGCCGUUUACAAAAUCCUUUUUCUACCAUGCCUAUAACCACCUCCACUUCGAAGACCAGCUCAUCAUAGACAUAGCCAACGAGUAUGUCGCCCGAUACAAGCAGGUAGCCAUCGUUUUGCCAAAACCUAAGCCUGAGUUAAAGCCUGAGUCUGAGCCAAAACCCGAAUCCAAGCCAGAUCCAGAGCUCGUGCUGGUGCCUAAGCUGGAACUCACAGCAGACCCCAAGCAGGAGAAGCUGGAAAAACAAAAGGUAAAGAGAAAAGAGAUAUCGGCCUCGUCUUCUGCCACCCGAAGAGUUAGCUUCGCGAAAGCACUAUCUCCCCUCAGAGCCAGGACACCGCACAGUGCGUCUGAUGUAACGCCCAUCACUCGGAGUGAAUGGAAUAUUCUUGUCAGCGACUCGACUGUAGGCAGAAAGAAGCCCGUUCAGCUGACCGUGCCCAACGAUGGAGAGUGUCUCACUGAUAUAGAGGAAGAUGGAAUCAUAUAUGAUCUCAAUUGGGAGGACCUGGAAGGGUAG